AUGCGCCGAAUCGAAAAGCCACCAGACCCCGAAGAAGAUAUCCUGAUCGCUGACAGUGGAGCUGAUCAAAUUAUUUUGGGAGUCGUAUGGCGUGUACUCAAGAAUACAAGUCAAUAUGUGAACUUACUUGGACCACUGGCAGGCCGACAUCAAGGAGCAAUUUUCAAUGUCGUGUCAGCUGCUGCUAAGUUGAUAGAUGAGAAUGGCCAAGAAUGGUGCGCUAUUGCCCAUGAAGGCCUAAUGGACCGAGACAAAGAGCAGAAGGAAUCUCUACUAGCUUCAGCCCAGGAUACCCCCUACGAAAAUACUGAACGAGUCAUCACUCGGCGCUUGUCGCCAGAGGAGAUUGAAUGGAAACGUAGAUUGGGAUUCCCACCAGACAAAGUAGUCAAAGCGAUUUUACAAGCGACGACCCAGAUGAUCCCUCUGGUGGAGGCCGAAAGCCGUGAAAUAAUGCGAGAUCAUCUCAAGUCCCGUUUACCAAUGUUGAGAUUACAAAGAAGGAACGAAACUAACUUCUUGGAUACGUUCAAGUCAAGUGUCACAUCCGUUCGCGGAUACAAGUACUUCAAUCUCUUCGCUGCCGAGAAAUCACUGUAUGACAAUGUUCAUUUGAUGAUGCGUAAAUCUGAUUCUCCGGCGACUAUCAAGGACCAUUUCCUAUGUGCUGGAGCCCCUCAUACUUUGAAAUCCGACAAUGCAAUGGAAUUUAAGUCCGAUAAAGUCAAGAAAAUUUUGAGAGAAGCCUACGUUGAGCCUCUCUACACUGAGCCACACCAUCCGCAACAGAAUCUUGCUGAAGCCCGUGGUGGCAGGCUCAAGCACGCUGUCCAACAUCUGUUGACAGUAACCCAAGCACCAUUAGAGUUUUUGUGUUAUGCCUUGGAAUAUUUGGCAUAUCUUCGACAACGUACUUCACGAAAGAAAUUGAAGAACAGGACCUCAAUUGAAGCCAUCACCGGUGGAAUUCCGGACAUCAGUAAAGCAUGCUUUACAUUUUGGCAACCUAUUUGGUUCUACACUCCGCGCCGUCCUUUUCCAAGACAACAAAUGUUACCUGCGAGAUUCCUUGGGUUCAGUGAGAAUUCCGGAGAUGCUUUCACUGACGUGAUUGCUGUCGAACCUGAGAAAGACGGGGAAAUGUACCAAGUCUAUACUCGAUCGGUCAUUCGUCCGCGAUAUUUGAGGAAAAGUCAACCAUCUGACGCAUCUCUGGUGAUCCGCAAUGAAGAUAAGUUGGAGAUCUAUGGCAGAGAUGGGAAGACACCAUUGCAAUACGAGGAGGAUCCUGAUGAUGUGAUUGAACUUGACCCAUCAAAGUUCCCACACAAUCCUUUGCCUCAAGACAACACGGUGGAACCAUCACACCUCGAAGUUAUUGACAAAUUUGAAGAUGCGAUCCACGCCGUGUAUGGACCACCUGCUGAGAAACGCCUUCGAAUCGACGAUUCUUCUUCAAUUCCCCUCCAAACGGCAGACAGAUUCCAGAUUCCGUCUAGCCAAACAGAGGAGAAUGUCGAUCCCCACGAACAACCUAAAGAGGUCAAUCCCCACAAAGUCGCCCAAGGAAUCACAAUCCCACAGGUCCCAGCUGCAACAGAAACCCCUGUCCCGGGUGUGCCUCAUCGGGAGCCAGCAACUGUUACCCAACAAGAUGAUGACGAUCAAUCUGUCGAUUUGGUCGCCUCUUCAGAGGAGACCGAUGAAAUGGUGACACCAGAUUCUGUGGAUACAUAUCUAAAGUACAUCGCUGGAGAUGACGGCAAUAUGUGCUUGUUCGAUUCAAUUAUUGGACACGAAUUUUGGGAAGGAGAGCUCUACCUCAAGGUCCAGUGGAGAACAAAUGAUGUUUCUAUGGAAGUUUUCCGCGAUGUACGCGAGGAUUACCCGUACGAAACCGCUAUUUACAUUUGA